CGUACACUCAACAAGAUGGAGGCCGAAGCGAAAGAGAAAGAGGAAGCCGAAGAGGGGAAACCACUCAUAUCUCUGUUUGCUUCCUUUCAGGAUUAUUUAUCUAACGAUCAAGAAAUAAGAGAGGAAAUAAAGACAGUCACCCGUGACUUGGAAAAGUCUGCAAGAGAAGUCUUGGCUGUUUUACAAGCAGUGCAUCAAUCUCCAAGUCCUGAAGCUGUGAAGAAAACUUGUGCUAAGAGCAGACAAAUGCUAACUGUUGUCAAGUCACAGUAUGCAAAUCUUGUGGAGAAAAUACCAGCUGGUCAAUAUUACAGAUUCUGUGAUCACUGGCGCUUUGUGAGUCAGCGGUUUGCCUAUCUUGGAGCAUUUAUUGUGUACCUGGAGAGUGAUCGGCUAAUCACACGACCAGAGCUGGCAGAAAUGCUGGGAGUCCAAGUGGAGCGGUCAUCCGAUGGUUUCCAUAUUGAUCUGGAUGAUUUCUUAACUGGACUUCUUCUUCUUGCUAAUGAACUCUCUCGGUUUGCGGUGAAUAGUGUAACCUCUGCGGAUUAUGGCCGGCCUUACAAAAUAGCUGCAUUUGUAGCAGAACUAGAUGCCGGCUUCAGACUGUUGAAUCUUAAAAAUGACUCUCUGAGAAAGAAGUUUGACGGCCUCAAAUAUGACCUGAAGAAAAUCGAGGAAGUUGUUUACGAUCUGACCAUCAGAGGACUGAAACCAGCUAUGGAAGAAGCCUCCUGAAGGGGGCAAAUCAAAACCUCUGGGGGUGAGAGAGAGGAAAGCUCUCAAUAGGGGUUUGACUUUGUGGACUACAACGCUCCGAUGAAGUUGAGAGUUGAACAGAAGCCUACAGAGCAUUACAAUAUUAUGACAAUAUUCGUUGCUAAAGUAUUGCUCAUGGUGAUCAAAACAUCUGGGUCGGUUUGUUCAAAGCCCGAUUAAGCUAACCCAGGAUUCGUGAGAAUUUUGAUUUCAGUUUUGUAACUUUGCGGUGAGGUGUCUGUUUAUAUUGUUUGUCCUUCAGGUUUGAUUUUGAAUAAUCUCAAACUACAUAAAACACAAUGAGAAGUGAAAGACAUUUUUAUAGAAGAAAAGUUAAUGGUUAACUUUGAAUCCUCGGAUAGCGCUAACCGGGUCUCGAGCAAUCCGGCCCUGAAGGUCGGCACACACUAGGAAACAUGUUGCAGUGACAGUUUUCAUGGUGUGCCAUGCCCCCUUUUUGCAAAAACGUCCUGCAUGAUGCAGCUACCUACUACAAGCACAGGCAGCCCAAGCUCUCACUAUGAACCACACAAGCAACACAAUAUGGCAUCGAAAUAUAAGGGUUUAUAU